CGAAGACCUUUUGUAUUUCCGAAAAAAAGCAAAUACGAAGAAGACGACCCAGCAGACUGUUGUCCACUGACUCUGGUGGGAGUAUAUAAUAGUGGAAGCGUUAAAUGAAGAAGAUGCGCGAGGUUGACUAAGCCCAGAGAGAGCUCUCAGAGAGAUCCGAGAGAGUUGCUGUGUCUUGCCUUUCGCGGUCUCAGCUUCAUAAAGCUUUCAGGAAAAGUCAUCAAGUCCUCUUGAUUUUCUUGAUUUAUGCAAUUAAGGCAUACUGAGAUCCGGAAAGAGAGAAGAAAAUGAAUAAGAGACGAGUAUUGUAUGGCUUAGCAACUGUUCCACCAUUAGUUCUUCUGUCCGUGUGUGCCUACAAAGCCCUGCAGAGGAAAAGACACUCGCUCCCUUGGAACUAUGAUGUGUACUUGAGUUUCAGAGGCCCAGACACUCGCAGCUGCUUCGUCGAUUUCCUCUAUACCAGCUUGGUAGCUGCUGGGGUUCAUGUGUUCAGGGACAACGACGCGCUCCCGGUCGGCGAAGAGAUAGGCCCUGAGCUGGUCCGGGCCAUCAGAAGUUGUAGGAUCGUGAUCCCCAUCAUUUCUGAACAGUAUGCACAAAGCAAAUGGUGCCUUCGUGAGCUCGUCGAGAUUAUGGAUUGCCACAAAGAGCAUGGCAUAUCAGUCUUCCCUGUAUUCUAUAAGGUGGAACUCUAUGAUAUAAGAAGUGGAUCAGGUAAUUUUGAAGAGGCUCUAUCGAAACACAUGAGGGUCUGGCCAGAUGAAGUGGCAGGAUGGCGGAAAGCACUGACUAUGGUAACGGGGCUUAAAGGAUGGAUAUCACAGAUCACUGCUAAUGGGAAUGAAGCAGAGCUGGUGAAAAUUGUGGUCGGAAGGGUUUUGAGUGAAUUGAAGACAACGGGGAUCGAAAGGCUCCCCCUGUUUCCUAUAUUGAUGUCCAAUCACCACAUAAGAUCAUGGUAUCAUCACCAUUUGGAGAAAAGGAGACUGCAUAGCCAAGUGUUCUUGGCCUUUCGUCGCUGUGAUACUCGAGAUAGCUUUGCUGCAUACCUACACAUCAAACUUGUGGCUGCAAAAAUCAGAGUGUUUUAUGACGAUGAUACGACCCUCCUGGGUAAAUUCAUUCUAGAGGAGCUUAUGAAUACCAUCGAACACAGCAAGAUAUCCAUUCCAAUUAUCUCUCAAAAUUUUACCUCCUCUCGCUGGUGCCUCCGUGAGCUAGAAUGCAUGGUUAAAUGCAAUAAAACAAAGGGGCAAAAGAUACUGCCCAUCUUCUACAAAGUGAACCCAUGGGACAUGAAACAUAUAUCUCCUUGUUUUGAAGUGGACUUUCGUAAACAUAAGGAGAAUUACCCCAAUGAGUGUGAGGGUUGGAAGCGUGCCUUCAAGGAGGUUGCAUCCUUUAAAGGAUGGGAAUCGGAGAAAAUCGCCAAUGGGCAUGAAUCAGAACUUGUGAAACUAGUUGUCGGGGAGGUUUCAAGGUUGUUGAAGAAUUCCCAAACAUAAGAUGGUCAUCGCCAUCCACUGAAUAUUGACUCAUUCCUAGUCUCGAAGUUGUAGGCCCUAGAGGACCAGCAGAUGGGCAUGGAGUGAUGAAGAUCAUCCCCAUUGUUUCAGGCUUCAGUUUUCUGUACUCUGCUGGAUCCACCAAAGGCUAACUUGUUUUGUUUGUUUAUUUUUGUUCUUAGUUUAAAAGAGCGUUGCUUGGCAACAGUCGAGUUGCAGCUUUAUUUUUGGUACUUUGGAUGUAAGAUAUUUGCCAUCAUAGCUAUGAAUAUUAUUCCCUGGAUUUGUUGCUGAACAAUAAUUCUCUUGUGACCCCAUGCAAGGAAUUUAAUGAACAAUUUGAGCUUUGAGGAUA